UUCUCUUUGAAUAAGUAACGUUUUUUUUUCCUUUUUCCAUUGUUUUUACUGGUGAACAGACUGCAAGCUGAUGCUGCCUAAACAGUAUAAAAGGAGUCAAUUUCUCAUCGCGGAAAAUCGGCAAGCGAGCUCGAUAUAACGAGGCGCACUUUUUACGCUUCCGGUACUUGUACUGUUGCAGCGUACCGCAUCGUUCUUCUGUUUUUGUUUGGCAUUGGAUCAUGAAAUUCAAUUUCCAGUAGACGUACCGGUUAAUUAAUUGCUCUGCUUGAUCAUGAUUCAUAUGUUUUCCUUUGCGUGAGUUUAUUUUUAUGUUAAUAUUUUGUUUUUAUGGACUUCUUAAUGAUUUCAGAAAUGGGACCUUUUAUGAUAUGUGUGAUCUCGUGAUUCUUCCCAAAGAAUGUGCGCUGGUAAAUUGUACACGAUAUUAUUAUCAUCACUGCAGUGGGCAGAAUUUGUUGCUCCAUUGCUGCUGAUCUGAAUCUCGUGAUCAUAUAAAUCUACCAAGUAUUUUGGUGUGGAGUUGCGAUGCCUAAGGAGCUGUUAACACUGCAGUGUGGCCAUUAUGCGAAUUUUGUGGGGACUCAUUUCUGGAACUUGCAGGAAGCUGGAUUCUCCUACAAUCCUCAACAGCCAACAAGCAAGGAGAUAGAUGUCGGUGUUUUGCACCGCGAGGGUGAAACGUUACGGGGCGAACCGACAUUUACGCCUCGUUUGGUGCUGUGCGAUCUCAAAGGUAGCCUGAACAGUUUGCAGGCAAAUGGGGGAUUGUAUGAUGAUGGAUAUCACGAGAAAACCAAUUCGGAAUCUUUGUCUUGGAAUGGGCCGGUGACAGCAUUGAAAAUUAAUGAUGUGAAACCCAAUAAAUAUAUUGAAGAAGUCCGGAAACUCCAGAAAGCCGUCCCAGUGGUGGAGAAUGAAAUUCCCAAACGUCCCCGUCAAGCCGACUACCAGCUGGAGGAAAGUGUGAGCACAUGGAGCGAUUUCCUGGGAGUUCUGCUGCAUCCCCGGUCCAUAGUGUCCCUGAAAAACUACUGGCUCGAUGAUGCGCCGUCAUUCGAAUUAUACGGUCUGGGAUUAGAAGAGUAUAAGCAGGCCGCGGUACGGGAACCACUGGAGAAUAGCAUACGCUAUUUCGUGGAGGAAUCCGACAAUCUACAGGGCUUCCAGCUCUUAUUGGAUGCUGAUGAUGGAUUUAGUGGAUUUACGGCAGCGCUCCUUGAUCAUCUGGCCGAUGAUUACCAGUCUAAACCCAUACUGAUGUAUCCUCUCAUCCCGACACCGGUGCUCCCGGCUGAAAUUGAUCCGCGGAAGGAUUUUUAUAGAUUAUUCAAUUUGGCCUUGACUCUCGCCGGUUCUUCCGAUGAUAACAAUUCCCACUGUCUCUCCGUGCCCUUGAGCGUCACUGCCAAGCUCACCCGACCAAAACAGUACUUGGAUCAAUUGCCUUACGUCCGGUUUCAGCCCAUUGCAUAUCAUACGAGUGCCAUUCUGGCCGGUGCAGUGGAUUCGAUUAGCGUGCUCAGUCGCCUUUCAUCGGAUGAACUGGUCCCACUACGGGAUAUUAUCAGUGCCACUACCAUCCAUCAGCGCAAGGUUGCUGCCAUGUCGACCAUGAUACCGUUUCCUCUGCGCGCCACGGAUUCCUUGUUCAGUUCAUUAAAAGCCAUCGAUGCAGAGUAUCUUCCGGUUAGUUCACUGACUCCCCAUGUCACUACACCACUGAUCGAUUCGCAAAAUCGAUGCUACUCCCAAGUGAUGAGUCUACGUGGAAUCCCUCAAGAACGCUGGAAAUGCUCUACAGAGGAAAUCCAGUAUCAUCGACUCAGCUACGAAGUGGCCAGUAUGCCGGCAUCACGGCUGCUGGAGAAUUUUAUGCAGUCGUAUUGUCCCAAUACGUUCGGGGUUGGUCGCGUAAUGGAAUUCCCCUGCCACACAAGAGUGCCUUUUCCGCAGUUUUUCUCCAGCGAAGUUUCAGAAAAUGGCUUCCUCCAAAGUAAUCAUAAAAGACUGGAAGAUGUACAAAAAUUGCCCAUAUUUGCGGGAAUCCAUUCCACAGACAAGGUGACGGAUCUCCUAACGGAAUUAAAAGAUGCAUGUAGCAAAGAAAAUAUGGCAAAAUACUUCAAGGUGGUGGAUUCUGGAUUGGAAUGUGAUGAAUUUAAAGAGUCUUUCGAGAGACUAGAAUCUUUGUCUGGAAGAUAUCGUGAAUGUUGAUAGAUUUCUGUCAAUAAUACUGCAGGAGUAUUUUGUGAAUGAAUACGAGCACAGUUGAAAUUUUAUUCUUUUAUUGCAUACGUAAAGUCAAAUUAUGCCGAAAGAAAAUACAUUUUAUAGUAUGGUAAAGAAUAUGCAUUAAAUGCCAUUAGUGCGCCAAAAAA